CCUCAAUCUUGUUUCAAACACCAGCGGGAACGUGUGUGCGGGGGAUAAGAUAAGGUUCGCGGGAAAUUUUCAGCUGUUUUUUUUUGUGGGUGGCCGGUGUCCAGCAGGUGUUCGUGGUUGGUUGCUCGUGAAUCAAGAACCUAAAAAAUCGUAAAGAGCCACCUGUGACCUUUCUAAGUAAGAGCCUUACAAAGUUGAAUCAGCGAGAGCCAUGAGUCGGAAGAUCUAUUUCUGUGGUAGCAUCAGGGGAGGCCGGCAAGACGUGGGACUCUACGCUAAGAUCAUCAAGACGUUGAGCGGCUAUGGCACAGUCUUGACGGAGCAUGUCGGGGAUGGUGAAUUGGACAAGAAUGAGAACUUGGAUGAUAAGGGAAUUCACGACAGGGAUAUCGAUUGGCUCAAGGAGUCUGAUGCCGUUGUUGCGGAAGUCACUCAGCCAUCCAUGGGUGUAGGAUAUGAGCUCGGCAGGGCAAACGCAAUGGGAAAGAAGAUUCUCUGUCUAUUCAGGCCAGAGUCUGGCAAAUUGAUGUCGGGGUUGGUGCAGGGAGCUGACAAUUCAACGUCAUUUGCCGUCAAGCAUUACAAGGAAGAAGAGUACCCAGACAUACUCAAGGACUUCUUUGAUCAAUUAUCCAAGGAAGAUACCGACGAAGCUGUGGCAGUGAAGAAGAGGAAGACGGGUGAAGAAGAAGGAGCAAAGGUAGUGAAAUUGGACACAGACAACGGCUCCUCCACUGAGAGAAAGAUCUACUUCUGUGGUAGUAUCACAGGCGGCCGACAAGAUGCAAGUCUGUACAAACAGAUAGUUGAAGAGAUGAAGAGUAAAUACGGGCCGGUGCUGACCGAGAACGUGGCUCGAGAAGAUCCGAUCAUCGCCGUCGAUGGAAAAAUCGUGACAGAUGUAAAAAUCCACGAGAUGGAUAUGAAUUGGCUGCGUUCAUCCACAGAUGUAGUUGCAGAGGUGACCCAGGUGUCGACCGGCGUGGGAUAUGAGAUCGGCCAGGCAGUUGAAAUGGGCAAACGGAUUCUGUGUCUUUUCCGGUCAGAAGUGAACAACAGAAUCUCUGCUAUGAUUAGCGGCGCUCACGAUGGAACUUCAGUUACCGUCAAGGACUACAAGGACCAGGAAUAUGUAGUCAUUCUCAAGGAAUUCUUCCAGUAAAACUGACACUGAAAUAUGUCAAGUCCAAUCAAGAA